AUGUUAUGGUGUGCACUAGCCUGUCAGUACCAGGGUAACAACCAGGUCUGUGUGAUGCUGUACAGAGACGGAGCAGCCAACCAUGGCCAGAUCUUUGAGUCUUUCAACAUGAUGUCUCUAUGGAAGCAGUGUAUCUUCAUCUGUGAGAAGAACAAGUUUGGCAUGGGAGCGCAUGUGGAGAGGUCUUCUGCUAGCACUGAGUACUUCAAGAAACAAUAUUCUUGGCCUCAUGGUAGGACACACACACAAUCAGUGAGUGUGGACGGUAUGGACAUUCUGUGUGUGAGGGAAGCCAACAAGUUCGCUGCAGACCACUGCAGAGCCAGGAAGGGUCCUAUUGUCAUGGAGUCGGAGACCUACUGUUACCAUGGACACAGCAUGAGCGACCCUGGGGUUAGCAACCAUAUCCGUGACGAGAUCCAGGAAGUGCGCAGUAAGAGUGACCCCAUCACUAUGCUGAAGGAAUGCAUGCUGUCCAACAACAUGGCUUCUGUGAAGGAGCUCGAAGAAAUAGAUGUAAAGAUCAGGAAGGUGAACAAGAACGGGGCCCAGUUUGACCCAGAGCCGCCAUUGGACGAGCUCUGCAACCACAUCUUCGCCAACAAACCGCCCAUGGAGGUACGCCGGACCAACCCCUGGGUCAAACUAAAGUCUGUCAGCUAG